AUGGCGGAUAAAAACACCAGGAUCGCCAUCGUCAACCACGACAAGUGCAAACCCAAGAAAUGUCGGCAAGAGUGCAAAAAGAGCUGCCCGGUGGUCCGCAUGGGGAAGCUCUGCAUCGAGGUGACCCCGCAGAGCAAGAUCGUUUGGAUCUCGGAGUCGCUUUGCAUCGGCUGCGGUAUCUGCAUUAAGAAAUGUCCGUUCGGAGCGCUGUCCAUCGUCAAUCUACCCAGCAACUUGGAAAAAGAGACCACGCACAGAUAUGGCGCUAAUUCCUUCAAACUUCACCGGCUGCCCAUUCCCAGACCGGGAGAAGUUCUGGGGUUGGUGGGGACCAACGGAAUCGGCAAGUCCACGGCCCUCAAGAUCCUGGCCGGGAAACUGAAACCCAACCUGGGAAAGUUCGAUAAUCCUCCAGACUGGCAGGAGAUUCUCACUCACUUUCGCGGCUCGGAGCUGCAGAAUUACUUCACCAAAAUCCUGGAGGACGACCUACGAGCUAUCGUCAAGCCGCAGUACGUGGACCAGAUCCCCAAGACCGUCAAGGGAUCCGUUGGCGCCAUCCUGAGCAGAAAAGACGACAUGGACACGCAGGACCUGGUUUGCCAGCAGCUUGAUCUGAGCCACUUACGGGAAAGGAACGUUGAAGACCUGUCGGGAGGAGAGCUCCAGAGGUUUGCCUGCGCCGUCGUCUGCAUCCAGAGAGCCGACAUUUUUAUGUUUGACGAGCCGUCCAGCUACUUGGAUGUCAAACAGAGGCUGAAGGCCGCCAUCACCAUCCGCUCGCUCAUAACGCCAGACAGGUACAUCAUCGUGGUGGAGCACGACUUGAGCGUGUUGGAUUACUUGUCUGACUUCAUCUGCUGCCUAUACGGCGUCCCCAGCGCCUACGGAGUGGUCACCAUGCCCUUCAGCGUUCGAGAAGGCAUCAAUAUCUUCUUGGACGGUUACGUUCCCACGGAGAACCUGCGCUUCCGGGAGACCUCCCUGGUGUUCAAAGUGGCCGAGACAGCGAACGAGGAGGAAGUCAAGCGUCUUCGGCACUACCAGUAUCCUGAAAUGGCCAAGACCAUGGGCGAAUUCACCCUGGAGAUCAAGGGCGGGGAGUUCACAGACUCUGAGAUCAUGGUCAUGCUGGGGGAGAACGGCACGGGAAAGACGACCUUCAUCAGGAUGUUGGCGGGAGGACUCAAACCAGACGGCGGAGGUGACGUUCCCAUCCUCAAUGUGAGCUACAAGCCUCAGACCAUCAGUCCAAAGUUCAAGGGGAGCGUCCGGGCUCUUCUUCACGAGAAGAUCCGGGACGCUUACACGCACCCUCAAUUCAUCACGGACGUCAUGAAGCCCAUGCAGAUCGAGAGCAUAAUCGACCAGGACGUGCAGAACCUUUCAGGAGGAGAGUUGCAGAGAGUGGCCCUCACCCUAUGUCUGGGCAAACCGGCCGACGUGUACCUGAUCGACGAACCCUCGGCGUACCUAGACUCCGAGCAGAGGUUGAUGGCGGCGAGGGUCAUCAAGAGGUACAUCCUUCACGCCAAGAAGACGGCAUUUGUGGUGGAGCACGACUUCAUCAUGGCCACGUACCUGGCGGAUCGCGUCAUCGUCUUCGACGGGAUUCCCUCCAAACACACGGCCGCCAAUACUCCGCAGGGUCUCCUGGCCGGCAUGAAUCGCUUCUUGUCCCUGCUGGAAAUCACCUUCCGCCGAGACCCGAACAACAAUCGGCCGCGCAUCAACAAACUCAAUUCCAUCAAGGACACGGAACAGAAGAAGAGCGGGAACUAUUUCUUUUUGGACGACUAG